GCCCGCCCGCGCGGGGCCGCGCAUCGUGAGGGGAGCGGGCAUCGUGAGGGGAAAACAUCGCCAGAACCCGCCGGGCUGGGGCGCGCCGUGUGCCCGCGCUGCCCACCGCGCCCCCCGGGCCGCUCCGGGCGUUCCGGCCGGGCCGGUGCCGCUCCCUCCGGCCGUGAGGGGCUCCAGCCGCGAGGAGGGAAGGUGCGCUCCGAGACCUGCCGGGCACUGCGGGGCCCCUCGGGGUAAGGCGGCCCGCGGGGGUGUCGCAGGGUCACCUUGGUCACCGACACUGAACAGUGUCGUUGCCGAAACCGCCCCGAGACACGGUCAGAUUAGAGGAAAGCCGGCAGAUGGUGCUUCAGAGAGCAGACGCUGCUAUCGCCGCCUUUCCCUAAGUGGGUUAAGCAGUACAAAUGGCACAGCGCUCUGGAGACAAGUUAUAGCUGUCCUAAAGAUGUGAAAAGUCAGGAGAUAAUUUCUGAGCUCUUCCCCCCACGGCCAUUAGUUUGUUAGCAUCUUUAACUUAGAAGUCCAGUAACAAAUGGGUGCUGUUUUUAAAAAGGAAAUAAAUUAGCCCCCGCUCACUCAGCAGUGUUUGAUCAUCUUUUUCUCAGCAGCUGGGAGUCCCUUCUGGAAACAGUCAAAUGCAGCUCCCCUUGACUCAGAUUUGUGGUAGUAAUGUUACCACCAGCACUGUGACUCUUGGGGAAAUACAUGUGAUAAUCUUGGCAUAGAUUUCCGUACAGAGAAAAUCUAAACAUACAGAGUAGCCAGUGUUCCAUCUUUACCAUUAUGCAAAAUAACCAUUGCCAUGCUUCCCAAAUAAGGACUCCACGCAGCUAGUUCCUGAAGACAGAGGUCCCUCAUAAGAACACCAGCUCUUAUGUCUGUGCUCACACCAAAUUCUAUAGGAACCUGAUUGCUAUCGAAUCAGUUAUGAAUAGUUAGGACACAUCCAUUACUCUGACAGUUGCAUCACUGACUGUUUUCAUAACCCAGCCCUAAAAUCAGCUCUUAAACCGAUAACUCAGAUUUGUCUGCCACACUUUGAUAACUGAGUACCUCAUGACCACACCCUGCUGAGUAGAUCUUCAUUUUCUAGGAUGGGCAGUAGCAGUGAACAUUUAAUUAACCCUCUGGUCCCCAACAUGCUGUUCUUUGUUUCUGUCUAAAGUUCCUUAGACAUUUUGUUCAUUUAACUCACGAGCUCCCCUGACUGUUUCUUCUCCCAUGGCACUGUUCAGGGCGUGCUUUGCUCCACAUGCAGGUCAGGACCUCUCUGCCAGACAUCUCUACUCGGAGUGCAGCAGCUUCCCUGGCGUCCUGCACGGGCUCCCUCCCGACCCUCCGGCCACCAGCCUGGACCAUCCCCAGAUGCUCGGGAAGGGGUGGGAUGUGGACAGCACGGCCGGGGAGUCUCCACCCCCUCGAGUGGAGCUGUAAGUAGGACAGGAGCUGUUCAGAGAAAUCAGAGCAGAGACACAGAAACCACAAAACCAGACUGGUCUGGAAAGGAAAUAACCAGAAUACAGAAGAGAAAAAGCAAAAAGCUUUUGAAGGGAUGCAUAAUGUGGGUAAAGCUGCUAACUUUCAGUUGUUUCAAGAAUGCUGAAGCUUUCUUGAAAGGACCAACAGCCUCAGGCUCUGACCCAUUAAGCAAGGAGGAGUGUCCUGCACAAAGAACAUUAGCAAAAGAACUUAAACCAAAGGAAGAGUUAUGGACAAAUGUCUUGAUGGUAAGGGGACCCAGAGAACUAGCUGAAAAAGAAGAAUUUAUCUAGUCUCCCUGGGAGGAGAUCAGACUGUUCCUCUCACCCCAGGUUCCAAACCAGGAUAAUGGAGGGACAAAGAGGAGGAGGAGGGUGGGUCAUCUUCAGUUCACCCUAAUCAUGCUUCUCUUUAAAUGUGGCCAAAACCACAGGAAUACUGAGAAUGAUUCCCAAAACAAAGCCUGAUUUUGAAAUAUCCAUUUCCUCCAAUGCUUUCAAAGACUACAGCAUCUUACUUUUUUUCUUUUGUUUUUUUUAACUCUUUCCCCCCAAACCAGAGGUCUGUCUGUUAUAUUUUUAAGGAGAAAUAGUACGAGUCUGCUAUGCAUCUGCUCAGCUCAGAAAAGGGAUGCAAAAGCACUUUCUCCAGAAGGCAGGAAAAGGCAGCAAGGAGCUACAGUCUGUUGCUUGAACUAAAUCAAGAUAAUUUGAGAUUUGGAGCUGAUGUAGAAAACACUCAGAAUGGAAGGCAGACUCCCAUGUCUCCUCCUGCUGGUGGGAGCAGUCGUGACUACCCAGUGCCAGGGCUUACUCACACGUUUCAGACGGGGAGCCAGACCCAGAGCCAUUUGCAAAGACAGUUCCUCUGGAGAAGUGUUCCAGCAUGGAUGGACCUGGCUGAGGCUGGCAGGGAGCAGGAUAGAAUACUGUAGGUGUGACAGCGGGCAGAGGCGCUGCCACACGGUGCCUGUCAGAGCCUGCACUAGAAAUAAAUGCUACAAUGGGGGCCAAUGUUCACAGGCAUAUUAUUCCCCACAGCUCUUCAUCUGCCAGUGCCACCAGGGUUUCUCAGGGAAGCAGUGUGAAAUAGAUACUGAAGUUAAAUGCUACAGAGAUGCUGGAGUAACAUACAGGGGUACAUGGAGUGUGACAGAGAGUGGAUCUGAAUGUUUAAAUUGGAAUAGCAAAGACUUGAUGGACUGGACAUACCAUGGCCAAAGAGCAGAUGCAGCUGAGCUGGGAUUAGGCAAUCACAACUACUGCAGAAACCCAGAUGAGGACUCCAAACCUUGGUGCUAUAUCUAUGAAGGGGGAAGGUACACCUGGGAACACUGCAGUGUGCCCUCCUGUUCAAAAGUUUCAAGCACCAGCUGCAGAUCUGGGAGAGGCACAGAUUACCGAGGCAGCCACAGUGUUACCAGUUCUGGAGCUACCUGUCUGAAGUGGAAUUCUGGGAUCCUUUUCAACAGGCGAUUUACUGCUUGGAGAAGAGACGCUUCCCAGCUGGGCCUUGGGAGUCACAAUUUCUGCAGGAAUCCUGACAAUGACAGCAAGCCCUGGUGCCAUGUCCUGAAAGGAAGUCAGCUCACGUGGGAGUACUGCAAUGUGCCUACUUGCUCCAGCUGUGGCGUGCGGCAGCGCCGGGCCCGGCAGUUCCGCGUCCGAGGGGGCUCCUCCGCCGACAUCGCGGCUCACCCCUGGCAGGCUGCCAUCCUCGUCACCUACCGCCGGCUGCCCGGGGAGCACUUCCUCUGCGGGGGCACCCUCAUCAGCUCCUGCUGGGUGCUGUCCGCUGCUCACUGCUUUGAGGAACGCUUUAGUACAAAUCAGCUGAAGAUUGUGCUGGGUAGGACUUCCCGAGCCACUCCCGAGGAAAAUGAACAACAGUUUCGAGUGAAGAACUACAUUGUCCAUCCGAGAUUUGACUCAGAAAAUUUCAACAAUGAUAUUGCUCUGCUGCAGCUGAGCUCAGAUGCAGGAACCUGUGCUGUUGAGACAGACACCGUGCGAGCUGCCUGCCUCCCCACGCCAGGGCUGCAGCUGCCUGACUGGACCGAGUGUGAGAUCUCUGGCUAUGGCAAAGAUGAGGAAUUCUCUCCAUUCUACUCGGAGCAGCUGAAGGAGGGCCGUGUCCGGCUGUUCCCGGCCAGCCAGUGCACGGCACAGCUCCUGGACAACCGCACGGUCACCGACAACAUGCUGUGUGCAGGAGACACCAGGAACCUUGACGAUGCCUGCAAGGGCGACUCGGGAGGGCCCCUGGUGUGCCCGGAGGACGAGCGGCUGGUGGUGGUUGGGAUCAUCAGCUGGGGCAUUGGCUGUGGCCGCAGGGACGUGCCUGGUGUUUACACAAACGUGAAUCGUUACCUGGGCUGGAUCCAGGACACCACGAAACCCUGAGAAAGAAACAUGAACUCUUUGCAGUCUCGUGGCCAUGCCCUCACAACUUCCUUCUGGUGCCUUGAGGACUUCAAGGGCUUCCUGUUUGUCCACAGGCUCGUGACUUUCAGUGCAACGGGAAGACAAACUGCAGUGUGUGAGAAGGGCACGUUCCCAAAUUACCCUCCUGUCCUUAUUACAGGUUAUCAGAAACUCAUCCUCCUUUCCCCCCCCAUCCCCAAGCUUUCCACUCGCAUCAAAUCACAUGAGUACAAUUUAAAAUUAGUUUUGGGCCAAAAGAAUAAGCCAAGAGAGAACAUCAUGCAUCCCUGAGGCAGAUAUGUUGUUUUGGAAAUGGGUGUAAACUGAAGGCAAAGAGGACAGAUCUAAUUUCCUGAAAACUUCAUUUCCCUCCUUACUUGGCUGUAAAAUUGGAAGACAUUCCAGUCAGACUUAAGCUCUGUCCUUAUAACAUUUGACUUGGGUAAUUUAAGCUGGUUUCAGCUCGACUCCAAUAGAAAGAACAAAGCUGUAGGCAUGAGCUGCUUAUUUCCAGAUCAAUAUACUACUUGCUUUUUCAGUUUGGAACUGAUUAAUUAACCAAGUCUGAGCUUAAACUCUCUGAGCAAAUCCAGGGUGGCAUGCUUGUUAGGACAUUCUGUUCCCCCACUUGCUUUUCCUCCUGGUAAAGGAAUAGGUAAAAAUAUUAACAUCAGCCUGAUCUGCCACAGAAUCAGUGCAUACUUUUUGACUAUUAAAUUUCUGUGCAUUAUCAUCUGAUAUGAAAGCAAAAGCUCUCUUUUCAGUGCAGUGGGGCAGAACAAAGGACAAGUGUAAUGGCAGCAGUUUUAAGUGCCUGCUAGAUUUAUAUCCACAAGUAAAAGGCCAAAUCACAUGUCACAAGGCUGCCUUUGUCCUUUAGCAGCAGCCAGGGCAGGUACAACCAAUCCCCAUGAACCAGACCCUCAGUAAUCAGCUUUACUGCCCUGCACUGCAGCUGCCAUGUGACACUGAGUGGCAUCUGUGCACACCCCAGGAGUGAAGCCUUUGAAAGCUUCUCCUUUGUCCAGUUGCUUUAUAAAGAGAAAGCAGGUGUAACUACUGUUUUACAAAAGGAAAACGUUAUCCUAAGGGAACAAAAGGAGUUUGAGCUUUAGUACCAAUUGCAGCCAGAACACCAGUCUCUUGUACUUGGGAAACUCAAAACAUUUUAACUCCAAAUGUUUACUGAGAACAGACUAGCACAGCACCCAGUCACAUACAGAACCCUGCUAUGUAAGUACAGAGACAUGGCGAGGAUGGUAAAAGGGGGUUGUAAAUGGCAACUUUACAAAGGGUCUGUGAUCUUCCAGCUACCAGCUUAGAAAAUGCCCUCAGAGAGAUGGUCUCUAAUGCCCUCAGAGCAAUGGUGGUGUAAGUCCAGUCAGUUCAACAACAGUGGAUGGGGAAAAAACCCCCCAAGAUGUUUUUUAAUGAAGAGUCACAGUUCAGGGUUUUGGUGUAAAUUUUCUUUUUAUUGUUGAUAUUUUCAUUUUAUUAAAUAUUAAUGUUGAGAAAAAUACAAAUUAAAUUUCCAUUCAUCUCCCCUACACCCAUUUCCAAGUGCUCUUGUGCCUCACUAUCCUGGCAUUCCCAAGCCUGCCAAAUACCUGCAGCCUGUAAAACAGCCAAAACCAUUCCACUGAGUAACACAAGUAAGUGUCCUCAGGAACACUUUUGUUUUGCCAUUCAAACAGUCUAUUAAAUACAAUAUUUGAACUCAAUGUGACCUAACAGCCACCAAUAAAAUGUUUCCAUCUUUACAACAUCAA